AUGUUCGGCGCCCCUCCUGGGCCAUUGCGUCUAGUAGCUAUGCUAUGUCCUUCCCAGGCAUGGUCAUUGUACUCCAGUCAGGUUUUAUUACGCCCUUCUGGUCUAGUCUUCGUUGUCCUGAUCGCUGAUCACCAAGGUGGCACCAAUGUCAAGAUAAAGAAGAAAGAGCUUUGCCUGGCUGAAGGAAGCAAGCAGCUCCUUCAGCGUGUUGACGGACAUAUACGUGAAAUAUCGCCGAGGAGUGCGAAAGAAGAAGUUAAUUAUCGACUGCGCAAGUACGAUAUCGGCAACAAAGUACCAGACGAUAGAGAAGGAAAAGUGCUCAUGCUAGUUGGAGCCACAGGAUCAGGAAAGAGCACAUUCGUCAACGGGCUGGUGAACUACGCAUACGGAGUUAAGUGGGAAGAUGAUUUUCGAUACAAGUUGGUCGUCAAUGAAGAAAAUGAGAAUUUUGAAGCUCAUAGUCAGACCAACUGGAUCUCAGCUUAUGUACUACACAAACAAGAAGGAAUUUCCCUUCCCUACACCUUGACUGUCAUUGAUACCCCAGGGUUUGGCGAUUCUGAAGGAAAAAAAAAAGAUGAAGAGCUGUUAAAACAAAUUCGAGAGUUUUUAUCUCAUGGUGAAUAUUUCGGGUUGGAAAAGCUUAGUGGAAUCGGCUUCGUUGUCCCGGCCCCUGAAGGCAGGCUCACUGAUUCACAAAAGUACAUAUUUCACUGCAUGUUAUCUGUGUUCGGGAAAAAUUUCGAGGACAGGAUCUUCGCAUUUGCCACAUUUGCUGACAACCUGAGACCGCCAGUUCUGAAUGCCCUCGUAGAUGCCAAAGUUCCUUUCAAGAAAAUAUUUAAAUUCAACAACUCGGUCUUGUUCACCCUAUCGAGAGAUGAUGACACUUCUGAUCUUGACCGACUAGCUUGGAAAAUGGGCAUCCAAAGUUUUACUGAGUUCUUCGAGGAGUUGAAAAAAACUAAACCUGUGAGCCUCCAGGAAGUAUUGCAAAACAUGGAGAGCAUCAGAAAACCUCACGAUUCUCAGACAUCCGGUUGA